AUGACAGAUUUCGAACAUGAUGAAUUAUUCAAAUCAUUAUUAAUAAAAGACGACUUAAAAGGCUAUGAAGAUCCAGAGAAAUUCAAGAAAUGGAUUCCAAAAAUUGAAAAAUAUAGAAAAGUUUUAGCUGAUGCAAUUCCUCAAAAUCUAACUAUAGAAUUACCCAAGCCAAGAGAUGAAUUAAUUAAAGAUGAAUUCAAUUCAAUUGAUUAUUUAUAUACUGAAAAGAUAUUAAGUUCUGAAGAAUUUGAAUAUACUGAUUCACCUGCAUCAACGAUAUUAUCAAAUAUAGCAUCAGGAAAAUGGACAUCAACUGAAGUAUUUAAAGCUUUUGCACAUAGAGCAAUUAUUGCACAUCAAUUUACAAAUUGUGCAGUUGAAUUAUUCAUAGGUGAAGGUAUAAAGAAAGCUGGAGAAUUAGAUGAAUACUACAAUAAAAAUGGUAAGACUGUUGGGCCAUUGCAUGGUUUACCUAUAUCAUUAAAAGAACAUAUUGGAUUAAAAGGUAGAAUUGGUCAUUUAGGUUUAGUUUCAUUGUUGGAUAAUAUAAUGGAAGAUGAUGCAAUAACUGCGAAAGUUUUAUCUAAAUUAGGAGCUAUAUUUUAUAUAAGAACAAAUGAACCACAAGCAUUAUUACAUUUGGAUUCAGGAAACAAUAUUACAGGAUUAACUAAAUGUCCAUACAACUUAUUAUUAUCAAGUGGUGGAUCAUCAUCAGGAGAAGGUGCAUUGGUUUCAUUUGGUGGAUCAGUUAUAGGUAUUGGAUCGGAUAUUGGAGGAUCAAUUAGAUCACCGGCUGCAUUUUCAGGAUGUCAUGGGUUUAGACCAUCAUCAAGAAGAAUUUCAGCUAGGGGUUGUGUAGGUAAUAAUGAAGAUGGACAGGAAUCUGUUGUUGGAGUUAUUGGACCAUUAGCUAGAUCAAUUGAAGAUAUUAAUAUAUUUAUGAAAUUUUACAUUAAUGAAGGUAACCCUUGGAAUUUGGACCCGUGGAGUUUACCUAUUAGAUGGAGAGAAGUUGAAGUACCUAAAUUAUCGAACUUAAAAAUUGCAGUAUUGAGAGAUGACGGAGUGUGUAGAGUUACACCACCUAUAAGAAGAGGGUUAGAUACAGUUGUUAAUAAGUUGAAACUAGCAGGAGUUGAGAUUGUUGAAUUUGCACCAAAAAAUGGUCAAUUAGCUUAUGAUACAGCAAUGACAUUAUAUAACGCCGAUGGAAAUCAAGCAUUACGUGAAUUAUUCUCAGCAAGUGGAGAACCAUUAUCAAGAUUAACUAAAUGGUAUUUGAACGUAGGUGAAGGUGCAAAAGAAUUGACAGUUACAGAAAAUAGAAGACUUAACUCAGUAAGAGAUAGAUUAAGAGAAGAAUAUAAUGACUUUUUAUUUGAAAACAAAAUAGAUUUUAUAUUAGGUCCAGCUUAUAAUAACGUUGCACCACAAUCGGAAGAUGUCUUUAAUGAAUCAUACACUUUAAUUUACAAUUUGUUGGAUUUCCCAAGUAUGGUGUUCCAAACUGGAUUAUUCCAAGAUCCCGAGAUUGAUGUUUGGACCAAAGAAGAUGAAACCUAUGAAUAUAAAACUGGAUUAGAAGAAUUAGAGAAUAAGAAUUAUAAACCUGAAAAAUUUAAAGGAGCUCCAAUAGCUUUACAAUUAAGUGGUAGAAGAUAUUUUGACGAAGAAGUUGUUGCUGGUUCAAAAGCUAUAGUUGAUUUAUUAGAAGUUGAUUUAUUGAAACAUUGA